GCUCCAGCUUUCUCUUCACAGAAUGAUCUUUGUACAGAAGGGAUAGAAGUUCCUCUGGAGAUUUGGAGUCUCUGUUGUGAUACGACGCUUGGAUUUUCAACCAGGUUCAACCAAUGGCUACCAAAGUGAUGUUUACAGUGUUUGUUAGCAUGUUCGUCAUGCUCGCUCUCACGGUGGUGGUCGUAUCGGGAGAGGAGGACGUGCAUGUGAGCUGUAACGCAAACGAGAACGGUGCCUCCAAAAUGGACGCCAGCAUUCUAGUCGAUAUCACCCGUGUUCUCACUGACGAUGUUCUUCCUGAAGCUUAUUUAUGUGGUCCUCGACUUGCUGGCCCUAUGAACUGUGCUGAGAUUUACAGUCGAGGCACUGCUCAGAUCAGGGUGUGCUCUAGGGGACAUCAUCUCCCCUGCAACGAAGCCGGUGAAUACCUGAAUCGAGUUCUGGCCCAAUGUGUUACUGAGGGUGCCAAUGGCCAAGAUGUCGUCGAAGGUGAAGUCGCCAUCAACAGGAAUGAUUUUCUCGAAGAAAUCACUUAUUAUAUCGAGAGGAAAUCCUGUCCUUCUACCGCGGCCUUCUCUUCGUGAAAUUGAGCGCUUUCUCCCUACCGGGUUUACUCCUUCGAGACUUUGUCUUCAAAGGUCCUUUCUAGUACAUACUCAACUAAUGUCUUCCUGUUUUCUAUAGCAGACCAGAAUAGUACAGACCGGUCCAUAGUGUCUCGGCCGACAAGUAUCCGAUUCGGGUUUGCUUGAGCUAGUAGUAUGAGAUGUUUUUCAGCUGCCUUGUGUUUUUGGGACGACGCAUCUCCCA